AAGAGGAGAAUAGCAAGGCAACGGGAAAGAAGCAAGAAAUCAGUGGUUGUUGUUAUGCAACUCUACGAGUAAAUCUCCAAUUUUGCACAAGUUAAUCAAAUUAGUUUGAAGCAACAGAUAAUCAGUAGUCAAGCAUCCUCAUAACAUGAAGUCAAAUUGUGUCAAGGAGGUGGAGUUAAUACAGGAGGGAAGAGAGCGGCGCCGCCUUCAACAACAGGAGCUCAGAGAAAAGAGAGCACAAGAGAUGGAUGCCACAAUUCCUAACUAUGAGAUCAUGUGCAUGAUUCGAGAUUUUCGAGGCAGUAUAGAAUUUCGUCCCCUGACUACAUCAGAAUUGAUUGAGGCACACAGAAUAUGUGUAUGUGUGAGGAAACGUCCACUUAAUAAGAAGGAGUUGGCCAUGAAAGAUUUGGAUGUAAUCACCAUCCCUACUAAGGAUGUAGUGUUGGUUCAUGAACCUAAACAAAAGGUGGACCAAAGCCGCUACCUGGAGAACCAUACCUUCUGCUUCGACUAUGCCUUUGAUGACAGCACUACCAAUGAGAUGGUCUACAUGUUCACUGCCAAACCUUUAGUAGAGACCAUUUUUGAGAAAGGCAUGGCCACCUGCUUUGCCUACGGCCAGACAGGUAGUGGAAAAACACAUACUAUGGGUGGAGAUUUCAAUGGGAAAAACCAAGUCUGCUCUAAAGGAAUAUAUGCACUGUCUGCUCAGGAUGUAUUUCUCAUGUUGGAGAAACCCAGCUACAAGACAUUAGAUCUCCAAGUGUAUGCUACCUUUUUUGAAAUCUACAUUGGAAAGGUGUUUGACCUGCUGAAUCGUAGAGCUGAGCUGAGGGUGCUAGAGGGAACGAAAAAGCAAGUUCAGAUUGUGGGUCUUCAGGAGAAGGAGGCUAAGUGCACAGAGGAUGUCCUUAAACUUAUAGAAGAGGGCAACAGCCACAGAACAUCGGGCAAGACAUCAGCCAAUUCUCUCUCAUCUCGUAGCCAUGCUAUAUUUCAGAUCAUUCUUCGGAGGAAAGGUGAGUUGCAUGGAAAGUUCUCCUUAGUUGACCUUGCAGGAAAUGAAAGAGGAGCUGACGCAUCGAGUGCAGACCGGCAGACACGUCUGGAGGGAGCUGAGAUCAAUAAAAGCCUUUUGGCUCUAAAAGAGUGUAUCAGAGCACUUGGCCGUAACAAGCACCACAUUCCAUUUAGAGCCAGUAAGCUGACCCAGGUGCUGAGAGACUCCUUCAUUGGAGAAAAUUCUCGUACAUGCAUGAUUGCAACAAUCUCUCCAGGUAUGACAUCCUGCGAGACCACACUCAAUACACUACACUACGCAAACAGGGUCAAGGAGCUGACAGUGGAUCAAAACCAAGUGACAAACAUCCAAGCUGUCAAUCAGUUAGAUCUUCUAGACAAGGGGUGCCUGAAAAUCUUGCCGGAGGGAGACAACUUCAAACUGUUUUGUGAGCAGAAUGAGGAGGAAACAUCUCCCCAACUGUUUACCUUCCAUGAAGCCGUGUCUCACCUAGAGGAGAUGGAGCAGGUUUUGGAGGACCACCGUGCUGUUUUCCAGGAGUCAAUCCAGUGGAUGGAGGAUGAAAAAGAGCUGCUGAAGUUGACAGAGGAGGUGGAUUUUAAUAUGGAGUCUUACGCCUCUCAACUGGAGCAGAUCCUUGACCAGAAGAUAGUAGUCCUCACUGAGUUACGAAACAAAGUGAAGUCAGUCCGCUCUGCACUCUAGGAGUAGAACCAAGCCAGGGCAAGCCAAGGCUGAAGAGUGUAACAAGCAGAAACAUAACCACUGGAUGUUUGGCAUAACAUAGCUUAUCAACCAUUGUUAUAACCCUUCUACUUAAAAACUGGCUUUUAACUUACGAUUAUCUUGUUAGAAAACCUAGUAAGGAAUGGGAAUAAGUUUGAUUAAGUUUGACCAUUCACAAUCUGCAAAGGUUUCUGCAAACUAAAGCAAAAUUAUUAUGCAAAUGGUUGUAAAUGCCCCUCCUGACCCAAGCUGCCUGUAGAACAAUGGUUACAAGGCUUGCAACUGUCGUGCAUUUUCCUUAACCAUUAGUUGAAGAGUUGAUUAACAAUAGUCACUUAAUUGUUAACAAUAAAUUAUAGAAAUACAUGUCUUUCUCUUUUUUACACACACACACACAAACACAACAUUAUGGCCAUAGUCAAACUGUCCCCAGCAUGAGCCCUGGCACAGCUAUAACAUGCUUCACUGAAAGACAUUUUUACACUUUUUUUUCCUGCUUAAGUGCAUGGAGUGGAUGUGUUCCAUUUCCUGGUAUAAGUUGUAACUACACUGUAUGUGUGGUCAAGAGAAGUGACAUGGACAAUUAUUUAUUCUUUAGUGGUUAUAUUCUUAAUCGCAUUAAGAUUAUGGCUACUCCUUCAAAAUUGUCCAAAAGUUAAAGAAAAAUAAUUUCCAUUAUCGAAGCACUCUGUUUUAUUAUGGCCUGGGGCAGUGAACAUGCACGAAAACCAGUAUUUCAGAACCCUGGAAAUAAUUUAAUUUUGCAUUAAAAAUGCUGGAAUAAUUUUAUAAUAAGUGUAAUUUAUACAUAACAAAUUAUAAAAAAAAACAAUAAACCACUUAUUUAAAUUGUUGUGGCACCAUUUCCCUUUUAAAUGGUGCCACAUUUUUAAAUUUAUACAUAUGUAUAUACAUAUACUGUAUAUGUAUGUAUAUAUAUAUAUAUAUGGAUUUGUGUGUGUAUGUGUGUGCACGCGCAUUUCUCUCUGUUUCUUCUUGUCUUUGAGUUUAUUUAUUUGCUCAUGGUAUAUUUUAUCUGUUUAUUAUUUAUAUAGUAUUAUCUAAUUGUUACUAAUACUGAAAUGUUUAAUAUACCUAUAAGUAUGUCAUUUGUAUAUCUUCCCCUCUUUAUUACAAAAAUGAA